AAAAGAUGUAGCUGACAUGGAGAUCAAACGGCGGAAUUCGCCUGCUUCCACAGAGUGAACAGGCUGCGAAUUGCGUGCACAACAUCGACUGGGAUUGGAUUUUUUUUUUGCAUCCAAUAGUUACUCCAACUCAUUGAUUCCAUAACGGGUUUGAAAUUCAGAAAAAAAAGUUUCUGAACACCGCUUAAACAUUAACUAUUAGCAAUGGGACUUUCUCAUGAUGGAUAUUUGCAGUGGAGAAUAGCCUAUAAGUAAAGCAACAAAUGAAUACGUUUUAUGGGGAGACAACCAGUGUGUAAAGUCAACGUACACAUAAUCUGAGAGCCAAAGCGUACUCCGUCUGUGGUUCGCCUUAGGGUACACAAGUCUGUCGCCAUGAGUUUAGUUGGAGGGUUUCCCCACCACCCGGUGAUGCAUCAUGACGGCUAUUCGUUCGCUGCCGCAGCUGCUGCCAGUCGCUGUCAUGAAGAACCCCCCUAUUUUCAUGGGUGGCUUAUCAGCCACCCGGAGAUGUCUCCUCCAGACUACAGUAUGGCACCCUCCUACAGCCCCGAGUACUCGGCGGGAGCCCCCGGGCUCGAUCACUCGCACUACGGAGGUGUACCGGGGGCCGGCGCCGUUGGAAUGGGACCCCGACCAGUGAAACGUAGACCCACGGCAAACCGAAAGGAGAGGCGCAGGACUCAGAGCAUCAACAGCGCCUUUGCAGAACUCAGGGAAUGCAUUCCCAACGUCCCCGCGGAUACGAAGCUGUCCAAAAUCAAAACCCUUCGUUUGGCUACCAGUUACAUUGCUUACCUUAUGGACAUUCUGGACAAAGACGAACAGAACGGGGAAGCAGAGGCCUUCAAAGCGGAAUUCAAAAAGACAGACGCCAAGGAAGAAAGGCGAAAGAAAGAAAUGAACGACGUUUUGAAAAAUUCAGGGAGCAGCAAUGACAAGAAAACUAAAGGGAGAACUGGUUGGCCGCAGCAUGUGUGGGCAUUGGAACUGAAACAAUGAGACUAAUGCAAAAGACACGAAAUGAGGCCCUCUGAACUCAUUUUUAGUUGUUCUCUCACUUUAUUUAAUGGAAUAUUUAUGUGCAAUUUCCCGCUACGGACGGUGGAUAUUUGAGGAAAACCCAUUCCAUUUUAGAAGGAGGAUACUCUCUUGGUAAGAGAUUGCGUGUUGUUGUCUGAUGUUGGUUUAUUAUUGUUGGGUUUCUUGUCCCAUUGUGAAUCAAAAUGAGACUUCUGCCACUAAGGAGUACACGUGAAGUUCUGUCUCAUUCUGUCUCUCUAUCACUUUCAGUAUCUAUCUAUGUCUCUUUCUCUCUUCUUUAAUUAUGAGGAAGGUUGGUCGAUGUUAUGAUAUAGUAAAUGUUUUAUUUGAAAAUGUCAUGAAGUGUUAUAAUGUUAUUUUGUGGUCGUACAAUCCUGGUGUCUGAAACAACUGUCGAGUCCACCCAGUGCACUUCCGUCCAGAGACACACAUUUUAAAUAAUAUUGGAGAUGUAAACAAUGUAAUUAAUUCAAUAAACCACUGUGUUGUUAACAAAUUAAA